CCAUAGGGACUGGAGUAGUCCUUUUCAGCUGUAGGCAUCCAAAUAGUUAAAAAGCUCAGGGUAAUGAAGACUCUGUGCAUGCGUAAGUACACUUUGGCAACUUUACAAAGUCUGAUUUUUUUUAAAUCCUCCUAGAGUGAAUAUGUGAACCAAAAGGACUUCAGUGCAGAACAGUAUAAUUGCUUGCAUCUACUUUUCCUUCUUUGGAUUUUUUCCCUACGAAGAAAAGAAAGUUUUAGUUCACCUUGUAAAUAUUAUUCAUAUUCUUAGACCAUGGCUAUAUUGACUUUAUUAGUACCUUGUUUUCUCCAUCUGUUUGACUUUGUGGAACUACAGCAUGCAAAUGUCCCCGGGCGAUGGAAGCAAAGAAUCCAGUGGGAAGACAAUGGUCGGGUCCAUAGUUUGUUCAGUACUGGUUCUGAGUAUCAGCCUGCCCAACAGGAGGCACAAAAUGUGUAUUUAACCUCUAACCGGCGCAGGUUUGAGUCCCCGUUGUCUCUGGUACCUACAGUAGGCACUAUUACCUCAACAUCAUCAUCAUCUCGACCAUCUACUGGUAUGAACAGAUUGUCAGGGCCACGCCAAGCUCUCACAUCAGUACUGCAUAACACUAGGGAACAAGAGGUGGUCAGCGGUUCUUCAGUUGGCAUCCAGCGGUCACCAGGUGCUCAUGGGGUUCUCAUAACAGCGAGGCAGACAGGAAAUGAGUUGUAUGGAAGUGGGGCUCUACCUUCAGGUUCCCAGCAAAACCCAUCUUUAGGUGGAACGAAUGCUAGGCGCAGUGAUGGGGUUCGUUCUGCUGGCACACCAAGGGGUGGUGGGGAUCGCCGUUUCAACAUAACACAUGAGAACACGGGGCGUCAAAGUAGAACAGAAUCUGCAAGAGGGCGCAGUGUGGUGCCACCUAUGAACAGUGUACCAGAGAGGCGCCUCAGCCAGCCAGUGGGAGGCAGAAUCCCUGCAGGGGGCAGCAGCACCCGGGGCUUGGAGAUAGACACUCAUGCACUGAAUGAAGAGAAUCUCAUUUACCCAGUACAGCGGGCACUGCCAAACCCAGAUGGCAGUAGAGAUUUGAUUACAACUGGUACUCAGGGCACCAACCCACUGAACCCCGAAGAAAUGGCUGGAGAUGAUCCUCGAAAUCCUUACAAAAACAGGAACUCGGUGCUUUACAAUAUUUACCCUCAGGGGAGGUCAAGGCCAUCAGGGACAAGGAGGCCAGGAUAUGGGACCAGGUAUUUUCAAAAUGGACUUCCAGACUUGGUUCCUGACCCUUACUUCAUUCAGGCUUCAACAUAUAUUCAGAGGGUGCAAAUGUAUGCACUGAGGUGUGCUGCAGAGGAGAACUGCCUUGCAAGAACUGCCUAUAGACCUGGGGUCACAGAUAUCAGUUUCAGAGUGCUGCUACGUUUCCCUCAAAGAGUGAAGAACCAAGGGACAGCCGAUUUUUUGCCAGUUAAACCUCGCCAUGCCUGGGAGUGGCACAGCUGUCAUCAGCAUUUCCACAGUAUGGAUGCUUUCAGCAACUAUGAUUUGCUGGAGGCCACAACACAUAGGAAAGUAGCUGAGGGUCACAAAGCCAGUUUCUGCUUAGAGGACACAACCUGCGACCCUGGAUUCAGAAGGAGAUAUGCCUGCACAGCACACACACAGGGUUUGGGUCCUGGUUGUUAUGACACAUACAAUGCCAAUAUUGACUGCCAGUGGAUUGACAUAACAGAUGUACCUCCUGGAAAGUACACACUUAAGGUUACAGUAAAUCCUGAUAUGCUAGUUCCAGAGUCUGACUUUUCAAAUAAUGUGGUGAGAUGUGAAAUCAUGUAUACGGGUUCAUUUGUGACUACCAGGAACUGCAGGAUUACAGGUUCCUAAAAGAGGUACCUACUGCCUUGAAGUAAUCAAGAAGGAGGUCCUGAAGAAAGUUUUAUUGCGCCAACUUUCAUUCUGCUUUUCUGGAUGGUGCAUUUGGUGCUGACAUACAUUGAGCCCCUUUGUUUCCCUUUCUCAAACUGGAAUACACAGCUAGUAUUGUUUACUAUUAAAGAGGUUAUGUGUUUAUUUUAUUUUAUUUUUAUAAAUAAACACAGCACUCUCAAUACAUAUCCUUUCAAGAGGAAUUUACUUGAAUAUGUAGGUAGAUUUUAUAUACAUAUAUGAUCUUGUUUUAUGAUUAAAACUUGACAAAGGCCAAAAAGGCUUAUGAAAUAGCACAGUGCUGUUGUACCACUCUUCCAUUUUACCAGUCAUCUCAUCAGCUCUGCACUGUGGACAACUAGCAGGUUAAAGAAGGACCCUGGAUACUGGAUGCUGAGACAGGGGAACAGUUUCAAGGCUGUUAAUCUUUUGAAGAAAAGAGAGUGGAUAUCCUUUAGUAGUUCUGCAUUUUGCACCACAAGUAAAUUGUUCAAUUAAUUUUCCUUUGCUCCUCAGAAACAAAAGAUGAAUGUUAUAAUUUUGCAUCUAUUUCCAGAGGUUUAUUUUUUCAGGAAAAUGAAGAUUCUGGAUUACAAACAUUGAUUCUUCCCAAAUAGAUGGCUUUUAUAACCGUUAAUGUUUUUGUAAUGCUUUAUAUUUCUUUUUAUGUUGAAGCAGUAGUAAAUUGUAGGUUAAUGUUGAACGCUUAGGAAGUUUGUGGUCAGUUACCCGAAUCACAACAGAAUACAUUUUAAAUUCAGAUUGUUACUGUGAGACUAGUUUAUCAAUGUACAUCUAUAGGAAAUACUAGACUACAUGGGAUGUUCUGUUACAAAUGCCAAAAAUCAAAGGAAAACAUAGACGCAAAGAAAUUAUAACACACCUAUUCGUUUUAUAGUAAUGGGGGUCCUCUUAUGAGUACCUCAUUAUGUCUCAAGUUUUUAGUUACCAUGAUUAGUGCAGUAAUUGCUGCUUAAACUUGUUGAUAUUUUGCACAUAAUUUAGUCAACAAGAAAAAACUUCCCUUUAACUAAGAAUGUUCUAAUGAGAGAUUUGAAUCUUUUUAGAUAUGAAAUUUUUUUCAUGGUAAUAAAGCUGAAAUUCCAUUAAGUACUGUACUGUUUUCUGAGGUACAGUAAAAUAUAGUACGGACUUUAUUCUACAUAGUAGAAAAAAAUGUAGAAAUAAAUCCAUGUAUCAGACUACAAGUAUCAGUGGUAUGCAAAUUUGUCAAUCAUGAAUCUAUCAAACAUAAAAAAAUAACACAGCACUCAUAUUUGGGAUGACGAUUCUCAAUGUAAUAGGCAGCUGAAUUUGCAAUGUAUGCAACUAACCACUGUAAAUGCUACAUUUGCACUUAAUCAUGUUUAAACCAGUGUGCCUCCGGGAAAACUUCAUCCUGUUGUUAACUUCUACAGUAUUGUGAAUGAUUAACGUAUGUUACAUAUAACUAGAGUGGUGAUUUCUAAUAGUUCUUUAACUGUACACCUCUGCAAUAGUAAUACAUGUUUAAAUAUUAUUCACUAGUUAACCACCUGUGCACUCUAUAAUUUUGUUUUUAAAUGCCUGUGUUGAACAAUACAGAACCAAAGCUGAGCAUUUCACAGUGUGAAUUUUAAUGAGUUCUUGAUAUUGGGAAAGUACUGUAAACUGUGUUAGCACAAUAUAGCUUAUUCUGUUCUGAAAUUUCCAGAGUUGUGUCAUUAUUAUUAAAACUACUCACGUGAAACAGUAA